AUGCGCAGUGGGGUUGUCAGCGGGCAGUCAAAGGCGUCUUGCCCCGACUCCGUCACAACGACCUGUCUCUCCUCUCCUCUGACAACGCAGGGUGCACACAAGAGACGUCUCCGUCACACACAAGUCGUUCCUGCCACUUCGCAUUCGGUGAGGUCGACACAAACACGGAAAGAGCAACCCACCCACAGACUGCUUCGCUCCUGCUUCGCCAUGGCAGCCACCCAGUCGUGCAACAAUGCCAAGCCCAACGCGGGUCCUCAUGUGUCGCAGGCAGCCCAAUCAAGCCCUGUAACAAACAGCGGCCGGAUUGCCCCUCGCUCAUCUCACAAGAGCUCUUGCCCCUGUCAGGACCCUCCCAUCGCACCUUCCAAACAACAGCUCGUCACCACAACAGGAAAGAGGGGACCCCAGUCGUUGCCCUCCUCUUGGCAGCUUGGCAUUGAGGCAUUGAGGCAUAGAAAAAUGCAACGGCUUCUCAGUACCGCAUCUCUUGCUUAUGUGCGUCUCUAUGUCGUCCGUCAUCUUCCUGGCACGGUGAAGAUCCUGCUUUAA